CUGUGGCAAUGGCUUAUUUGGAAAUUGUGAUGAAGGAGUUUAAAGAGGAAUGGGAAUUAUGUUAUGAAAAGGCGGAACGCGCAUUAUCUAAUUUAAUCGAGAAAAAUGAUAAAAGUAAGAAAGUCGAAAAUAUUGUAGCGGAAGCUCAUGAAUGGGUGCAAAAGUGGUUUACAAGUAAAUGA